AUGCCCAAGGAAAAGAUCCACAUCUCGCUCGUCGUCAUCGGUCACGUCGAUGCCGGUAAGUCGACGACGACCGGUCACUUGAUCUACAAGUGCGGCGGUAUCGACAAGCGUACGAUCGAGAAGUUCGAGAAGGAAGCCCUCGAGCUCGGCAAGUCGUCGUUCAAGUACGCCUGGGUCCUUGACAACCUCAAGGCCGAGCGCGAACGUGGUAUCACGAUCGACAUUGCCCUCUGGAAGUUCGAGUCGCCCAAGUACUUCUUCACGGUCAUUGAUGCCCCGGGUCACCGCGAUUUCAUCAAGAACAUGAUCACGGUUCGAGGCCGGUAUCUCGAAGGAGGCCAGACGCGCGAGCACGCGCUCCUCGCCUUCACGCUCGGCGUGCGCCAGAUGAUCGUCGCCAUCAACAAGAUGGACGACUCGUCGGUCAUGUACGGCCAGGCCCGUUACGAGGAAAUCAAGGAGGAAGUCUCGAACUACCUCAAGAAGGUCGGCUACAAGCCCGCCAAGCGCCCCACCGACAAGGCCCUCCGCCUCCCGCUCCAGGAUGUUUACAAGAUUGGCGGUAUUGGCACGGUCCCGGUCGGCCGUGUCGAGACGGGUGUCCUCAAGCCCGGCAUGGUCGUCCAGUUCGGCCCCGUCGGCCUCCAGACGGAAGUCAAGUCGGUCGAGAUGCACCACGAGUCGCUCCCCGAGGCUGUCCCGGGUGACAACGUCGGCUUCAACGUCAAGAACGUGUCGGUCAAGGAACUCCGCCGUGGUUACGUCGCUUCGGACUCGAAGAACGACCCCGCCAAGGGCACGGAGAACUUCACCGCCCAGGUGAUUGUCCUCAACCACCCCGGCCAGAUCGGCAACGGCUACUCGCCGGUGCUUGAUUGCCACACGGCCCACGUCGCCUGCAAGUUCAAGGAGAUCACGCAGAAGAUGGAUCGCCGUUCGGGUAAGGUCCUCGAAGAGAACCCCAAGUUCGUCAAGUCGGGUGAUGCCUGCAUGGUCAUCCUCGAGCCCACGAAGCCCAUGACGGUCGAGUCGUUCCAGGAGUACCCGCCCCUCGGUCGUUUCGCCGUCCGUGAUAUGCGCCAGACGGUCGCCGUCGGUGUCAUCCACGGCGUCGUCAAGAAGGAGGCUGCCGGCAAGGGCGGCAAGAAGAAGUAA